AUAAAUGGCAAUCGCGUAAUCGCAUCCUCCGUGCCUUCCUUUCAGCUGUCGCGGAGGAGAGAGGCGGGCAGACAGCAAGCACGGCCGCGUUCUCUCUGAGGAAGCCCCUCACCAUGGACGCGAGUGAAUUCAGGCGGCGGGGGCGGGAGAUGGUGGACUACAUAGCGGACUACAUCGAGGGCAUCGAGGGGCGCCAGGUCUACCCCAGCGUGGAGCCCGGCUACCUGCGCCCCCUGAUCCCCAGCUGCGCCCCCCAGGAGCCCGACACCUACGAGGACAUCAUGAAGGAUGUGGAGAAGGUCAUCAUGCCGGGGGUGACCCACUGGCACAGCCCCCGCUUCUUCGCCUACUUCCCCACGGCCAGCUCGUACCCGGCCAUGCUCGCCGACAUGCUGUGCGGGGCCAUCGGCUGCAUUGGCUUCUCCUGGGCGGCGAGCCCGGCGUGCACAGAGCUGGAGACGGUGAUGCUGGACUGGCUGGGGAAGAUGCUGCGGCUGCCUGAGGCCUUUCUGGCCGAGAAGGGGGGCGCAGGGGGAGGCGUCAUCCAGGUGGUGGCCACCCUGGGGACCACGCCCUGCUGCUCCUUCGACUGCCUCUCUGAAGUGGGCCCGCUCUGUAACUGGGAGGACCUGUGGCUGCACGUGGACGCGGCCUACGCGGGCAGCGCCUUCAUCUGCCCCGAGUUCCGGCACUUCCUGGACGGCGUGGAGUUUGCAGACUCCUUCAACUUCAACCCCCACAAGUGGCUCCUGGUGAACUUCGACUGCUCGGCCAUGUGGGUGAGGAAGCGCGCGGACCUGACCGGAGCCUUCAAGCUGGACCCCGUGUACCUGCGGCACGGCCACCAGGACUCCGGGCUCAUCACUGACUACAGGCACUGGCAGCUGCCGCUGGGACGCAGGUUCCGCUCCCUGAAGAUGUGGUUCGUGUUCCGGCUGUACGGGGUCACGGGCCUGCAGGCCCACAUCCGCAAGCACGUGCAGCUGGCCCGCGAGUUCGAGGCUGCGGUGCAGCGGGACCCUCGCUUUGAAAUCUGCGCGGAAGUCACCCUGGGGCUGGUCUGCUUCCGGCUGAAGGGCCCCAACAAGCUGAACGAAGACCUUCUGGACAGAAUCAACGGCGCCAAGGAGAUCCACCUGGUCCCCUGCCACCUGAGGGACAAGUUCGUGCUGCGCUUCGCCAUCUGCUCCCGCACUGCGGAGUCCGCGCACGUGCAGCAGGCCUGGGCCCACAUCCAGGCGCUGGCCACGGCCCUGCUGGGGGCCGGGCAGGAGUAGUGAGAUCCAAGCUGAACAGACGUGUAUCUGAAAACUGGAGGGAGAGGACGAUAAACAUCACCCGGCUCCGUGGAAGCGAGCCCGCCGGCUCCGCACUUCUCUCUCCGAUGCUACCAGACGCCUGCGCUUAGUCUCCCGAGUCUCUCAUCGGCGAAGAGAGAUUAUUUGCUGCGUGAAAAGUCAGUCCCCGGGAUGUAGCUUUCAUUCAUUGUUUGGCUGCGGUUUUGUGAAUUAAACGAUCAUAGUGCUUCGUGCUCUUGGAGUUGGCCGUGGCGGGGAGGGCUCGCGAGCUCUCUCCCAGGCCAGGCUGGGCGAUGGCGGUCACGCCUGGGCCUUCCCCUUGCUCCGUCCUGCGGCCAGCGCUCAAUAAACAAUCUGAAGUGCCAUGGC